AUGGCUGCUCUGGAGAGCGCACGCAUCCUGGAACGGGGCUGCGACCACGUGACACGUGCGGUGCAGGAGGCGUGGAGGCGCGCACGAUUGGAGACCCCGGCGCCUUCGCCCUGCGCAAACCUCCUCCUCGGGGUCGCGAGCGCGCGCCACGUCACCAACCCCCGCGGUCUGAGCGGGGGCCACACGGUGUACGAAAUCCGCGUCCUCGUCGCGGGCCAGCUGGACUCGUGCCCGUGCACGAUCGAGCGACGCUUCUGCCAAUUCCAGCUCCUGCACCGCGCACUCCUCUCCGAGCUGGGCACGUCGGCCCUGCGGGGCACCGCCCUCCCGCGCUCUCUGCCGGCGGCGCUCUCGCUCUUGCCGCUGCCUCCGCCGGCUCCGCGCUGCCUCCAGCUCUACCUGCGUGCCCUCUGCGCGCUGCCGACCGUGCGCGCCUCGCGCCGCUUCCAGGAGUUCCUGUGGCUCGAGGAGACGGCCAGGGGUCACGCGUGCCUGCGUGGGGGCGCCUACGCCGAGGCGGCGUCGCUCCUGCGAUCCGCCUCGCUCCUCCAAGAGAGGGCGGCGUGGGUCGCCGCGGACAGCGCGCACUCCGCGCCCACGCUCUCCGCCCUUGCUGUGUGCGCCAGGGACAUGGGGCGCCCGCGCGACGCGCUCGGAUACUGCGAGCGAGCGAUCCAAGCGCUGAGCGACGGCGGGGUCGAUGGGGUUAGGACGGUCGUUGGCGGACGGGCAAGGCCCCUCCGCCAAAGAUACCCCGAGCUGUGGGCCCCGCUACUCCGCGCGCGAGCCCGGCUGCGCUGGGAGCUCGGAGAGACGGACGCCAUGGACGAGAAGGAGGAUAAGAAUGUGGGAGUUGAUGGGAGUGGUGACCCUCGCUCGCUUAAGGAGGUCGUCAUUGCCCAGUACCUGCGGUGA